AUUGUUAAAGAGUAUCCCAGUACGACUCUUUGCAAGUUUUCUGGCUUUCAAUGGUAUGCCAGUAUCUACAAUCAUAGACUGGACUAAUAUUGGCCGCUUACACUGUCUACUGCCUCGAUGGAAUGAUGCAAUGGUUAAUUUUAUGUUCAGUGGGGGCUACAAUGUUGCUGCUCAAAUAAAACAGGUAAAACAGAGAACUCUUGUCAUCUCAAGCGAGCAUGACCAAAUCGUCAGCCAUAAACUGGCUGUGAGAUUAUAUUCAGAACUGCCAAAUGCCAUUACGCGUCGCGUGCCAGAUUGUGGUCAUCUUCCACAUGUCGAGAAGCCCCGGAUUAUUGCAAAGUUAAUCUCAGAUUUUGCUCGAAGUGAUCACUGCUAGGUGCAAAGGUUGUCCAUUUGCUUCACCUAUACCGAUGGGUUUUAUUUUGGAGUUGGACAAUGAGAGUUUUAAUUUACCAUUUGUCAAAUUAUCUAGCUAAGAAUUCUGGUGUGACAUAGCUUUUUAUACGAAAAGAC